CGUGCAGUCUACAUCGUGGUAUUUACGUAUGAUUGGACUUUGGUUAAUGAUUAUCCACCUGCGACAAAACAGACGUGUCCUCUGACUAAAGGGCAACGUUGGAUUUUCUUGAAGAAACGAAGCAAGGCAGGUGUGCCCCUAUUUCCAACAUGUCUGACGCAGUUAAGCAGCUGCCUACAGACCCCAUCUCUGUAGUCGGUGUGGUCACUUCAAUCAGCAAAAUUCCAGAUGGCUACUAUGUAGUUGCACAAACAACAGAUGGCUCUGAAGCCGACCUGUGGAAGGACGGCUUAUUCAAAUCCAAGGUCACUCGCUACCUCUGCUUCUCCAGGAAAGCUAGCCCUGAAGUUGUUGUGGAUAUGAAGGUGAUGGACAUCAAGGACCCGCUGCCAGAAUUAUUCACACCUGUGCAAGAAACCAUAGACAAAAAGGAAGCUGCCAUGAGGAAGAAGAGGCUCUGUGUGAAAAUGAGCCCUCGCGAGGCUGUCGUGACAGCUCUAUGUGACAUCCAGAUCACUGCCAAGUCCAAGUACCACCUCGUUAACUACACCUGUGCAGGUGAGAUAAACAACAUGGGGAUAUGGUAUCGGAUGGGAGACGUUCCUCGGCAUCAGACGUCUCUGCAGACCGAGGUUGUGCCUCAAACUGACACGGCACUCCUCACAGCAAGCAGGAUCGACGUCAGCAGACCACAGUAUGUGCAACAGGACAGCAGGAGCUACACUCUGACAGCUCUGGAGGGUAUUCCGUUUGCAGUCUCCGAGAAAUUUCAUGAAACCCCCCAAAAGAUGCAGCAAGUCAAUUUAAUGGGCAUUACGAUCAAAUCCCUGGCAGAGAUCGAGGAGGAAUUUGAGUACAACUUUGGAACAGAGUUCAGCAUCAUUCAGUAGCUCUCCUCUCGGCAGGAAGCUUGAACAUCACAGACUGACCUAAUGCAUCAUCUCUGAUUUCAUGAAAUCAAAGAAGUUUGCUGUAAAAUUCAUUAGAUUUGAUUUAAAUAUUUUAUUAAAACACCUGUGCCAUUAAA